AUGUCUCCCAACGCAAUCUCAACUGGUACUGAAGCCAAGCAAGAUGACUAUCUUGUUGGCUUGGAGCAAUACGAGAAUCUGAAGAAGGGAUUGGCGCAUACCGUCUCGUCUAUUCCGUGGAUUGCAGGAGUGAUCGGUCCAGAGGAAGGACAGGAUCCCAAGACCCGAAGGGUUCAGAUUGUCGACUCACCAAGUGGAUUCAAGUUCCCAUACAAAGAUCUCAGCGACACCUUACCAUCGUAUGCAGCCUUGAAAGAGAAAAGCUUUCCUCUCUCCGAAUUCUCAACCGCGCAACUCGGUCCCAUCGACGUCAUGCCACAAGGUCCUCACUAA